AAUUAUUUAUACUUUAUUUCAGAAUCAUCUGUGACAACAGCUAUAACUAUGACAACCUCAACAACAACAGAGAUUCCUCCUGACUGUAUAUUCUCAUCAUUUGGUUGUUGUCCAGACAAUUAUACUGCUGCACAUGGACGAAAUGAUGAAGGAUGUUGUCUCUCUUCAGCAUUUGGGUGUUGCCCAGAUGACAUUACUGAUGCACAGGGACCAAGUUUUCAAGAUUUGUUGGAAAAUCAGGCUGGGUUAUUGGGCUCACCUCCUCAUGAGUUACGAGCUUUGUGUUUAAGGGCACUACAAUUAGCCCUGGAAACUCGUCAGUCUAAGAUGGUAGCUUUAGCUGUGUCUGGAUUUUUUAAGUUGCUUCGAGAUACACAGUUUCAUAGUGGCUAUGAAGAAGAUGAUGAGACUGUAUGGUUACCCUGUCAGCUACUGUCAACUAUGCAGAGCCUUCCUUUACAUUCAGAAGACACACAAGUGGAACUUCUUAAGGUUCUACUGAACAUGUGCUGUGUGUCAGGUAUUCCCAUCUCAGGCCAAGUGGUGACACAGGUGGUAGGGGUGUGGUGGUCUGGCUUAUGUAGAGGGAGGAGCUCUUCGUACGCUGCACAGUCUGUGCAUCUCAGGCUAUUGCCCAUUCAUCAAGCAAACUCAGUGAUUUCCCCACUGUGA